AUGCAAGGCAACAAUUGCCAUCUAAAGCGAGAAAAAGAGGGGCGGCACAAUCAUGAAAUCUACCGCCAAAAGUUCAAAAUAGCCUACACGAAUUACUGCACCCCCUCGCCUGCCGUUGUCUACACACACUGCGAGGAUGAAGCCAAAAAAUUGGUUCAAACACUUGAAAGCACCAAAGCAUCCAUUAUGAUUAUGCCUGCUGCUAUAGUCCCCUUGGAUUUGACCUCGAGUGGAACGACGAACAGCACUGGUGCAACUUUGCGACAAAUCGACUAUCUUGCUGAUCCAGGUAAGCCAAAUGAAACGGUUUCCGGAAAGGGUCUUGAUGAUGGCAAGAAAUUGUAUCGUGACUUUGGGAUCACAACCCAAGGACUUGUCGAGCUUGGUGCACUUGCACAUGUCACAGAUGAUACCUUCUCUAGCAUGUACAAGCGACGAGUAGUCAGUCUCGCCAAGAUGGUUGCUAUGUACCUUGAGUGCAAUUUAGUGAAGAGCAAAGAGUGCACCAGUAAUUGGGAGGCAGACCUGAAUAAUAAGAUGGUGCAUUCACUGAUGGUGCACCUGAAGCUCCUAGACUUGGCCAAAGCUGGCAACAAGGAACUUGACCCGACCCAGUAUACUAGCUCAGUCGAUCCGCCUAGUCAAAGGGCAGGUAGUACCAAGGUGAUAUCAUCACCUAUGCCGCUGGAAUUCAAUGUGCCAUCAUUAGCACCAACGCCCCCUCACCUGCAGUACAUGCGGGCUUAUAACCUAUGGCACCACCGUAAUACACCUCUUGAUAAGAUGUGCGACAUAUUGAAGACAGGUGGAUCGUACAUGGUGGGUGCCAUACAGGCAGAUAUGUCACUGCCAUUCAAUAUGAGUAAGCUGCUGGAGCUGGUGAAGAUGGAGGCAGGAAGUUGGUCACAACAUUGA